GGCAUUGGAUCGUUGGAUUAAUGAAAGCUUUGGAAACUGUCAAAAGUCAUGAGCUUUUAAUCCCAAUCACACGUAUCAAUAUUACAAAAGUUUUCAGAUAUUUACGGGAUAGACAAUCGCGAGAAGAUUCUUUACUGGUUGUCAAAUAUAUGCUUCUUGGUUACCAAAUUGCGUCUGACGUUUUCAUGUUAGUUGUUCCAAUGUAUCCAGAAGUGCUGGAUAUUAUUUCUCAAGAAAGUGAUCAAAUUGACGUGUUGCAUGAGCUUUCUGGCAUUGCUCAAUGUUUAAUGUGCCGUUUUUCAGUAAAUCAAAAUCAAUUUGCAUCUCUUAAACAGAAAUUAGAAAAUUUGGGAAUGCCGAAGUUAUUACAAAGCGAAAUUAGGACUAUUCUGCAAGAACAUAAUUGGAAUAAAAAUAUAAAGAGUGCAG